GCUGUAUUUCAGGAAGAAGAGCGCGAAAACCUUAGUACGAACACCAAAAGCCCUCAUCGAUGAGGGAAUUUUGUUGCGAUAUUUCGUUGGUUACUAGGUAUUUCGAACUCAGUCCAGUCGCCGAACAUCAUCAUGAUCAAGCAUAUCAUCGCUCUUACUUGUCUCAUCCCAUUAAGUUUGGCCAAAGGAUGUGAUCCAACAAAUCUACGAAUAGCCGUUUUCAAUCUGGAAAUGAAUGAUAACAACGGAAGCUGUAUUUUCGCCAACGGUUGCAGACUGUCGAAUCUAUCAUGCCGCUACAUGAGCCAUGUGAACUCAUCCAUAAAAGCAACUACUUACUCGGACCUGGAUUCAUUGGUGGAUGGAGUGAUACGUGGCGAUGUGUGUGGAGCUCUUUAUUUUUCCGAUAACUUCACUGAUGCUUUGGUAGCACGCAUUGCCCUAGGAUCUGAUGCUGAUGAAGAGACACUGAUGCAAUCGGAGAUUCGCGUUUGGGUCAAUAAGAACAAUCCGUUGAUCCACAGCGCGCUCGUCAGGAAUGUGAAGGCGGCUUAUCGAGAGUUUUCCAAGCAGCUGUUACAGGACUGUGAUAAUUUCACAAGCACGGGAAACGAUUAUGAAGCAGAUAAAAAUUGUGUCAAUGAAAAUCCUUCCCUAACAGGUCCUCACAAAUCGGAAGCUUUGGCCAAUUUUUCCCUUUGUUGGCCACUUACAAGAACGGAUUAACUUCAACAGCUUUUAAAAAUGUUUACAGUCAUAGCACAAUCAUGGGUCACCCACAAUUAUGGGUCAAUUCCAUUUGAAUUGCAUGGUGAACUGUCUGACUAAUAAUUGUGACAGAGUGACCCAUAAUUGUGCAAUGACUUAUGAAUUUUGUUUAUCAUCCAACAAGAUAUUUCAUUGAUUACUUGAACAAAUCCAGCAAUGAUGCAACAAAUAUUGUUGACUUAUAUAAAACAAGACGUGUAAAAGUCUUUGAGAAAAAGUAUCGGCUGUCAUUUGUCGAUUGCAAUCAAAAUUGUGACGCUAUGCGAUAGUGGAUUGUUGUGAUAAAAAUAUUAGAAAUGUUAAAGAUUA